GGCAUCGUCUAGGUGACAAGCUUCAAGUCGUCACAUUUCGACGGCAAGUUCAAUAAUUUAUUGUUUUUUAAUCUCAUUUGGAAGGUGUAGAUUUAAUAAUUUGAGUGUCUGCCAUGGGUAUCCUUGAGAAAAUAUCAGAGAUCGAGAAGGAGAUCGCGAGAACCCAGAAAAACAAAGCUACGGAGUAUCACCUGGGUCUUCUCAAAGCCAAGUUAGCUAAGUACAGGUCACAACUCCUCGAGCCCUCCAAGAAAUCUGAAAAGGGCGAGGGUUUUGAUGUCCUCAAGUCUGGAGAUGCUAGAGUCGCAUUAAUUGGAUUUCCAUCGGUGGGAAAAUCUACUUUGCUGUCGACUCUAACUCAUACAGAGUCCGAAGCAGCUUCAUAUGAAUUUACAACAUUGACGUGUAUUCCUGGAGUCAUUGAAUAUAAAGGAGCUAAUAUCCAGCUGCUGGAUUUGCCUGGAAUUAUCGAAGGGGCUGCGCAGGGUAAAGGUCGUGGUAGACAGGUGAUUGCUGUGGCAAGGACUGCAGAUUUGGUGCUCAUGAUGUUGGAUGCAACGAAACAGGACGUCCAGAGGCAGCUGCUGGAGAAGGAACUGGAGUCUGUGGGAAUUAGGCUCAAUAAACAAAAGCCAAACAUUUAUUUUAAGAUAAAAAAGGGGGGUGGACUAUCCUUCAACUCAACUUGCCCUCUCACGAAAGUCGAUGAAAAACUGGUGCAGAUGAUUCUUCAUGAAUACAAAAUUUUCAAUGCCGAAGUUCUCUUCAGGGAAGACUGCAGUCCCGAUGAACUCAUAGAUGUUAUUAAUGCCAAUAGAGUUUACUUGCCUUGUCUCUAUGUUUAUAAUAAGAUUGAUCAAAUUUCAAUUGAGGAGGUCGACAGGAUUGCCAGGCAGCCCAACAGCGUUGUAGUUAGUUGUAAUAUGAAGUUGAAUUUGGACUUUUUAUUGGAAACUCUGUGGGAGUAUCUUUCCCUCAUCAGGGUAUACACCAAGAAACCUGGACAACCCCCUGAUUUCGAUGAUGGUUUGAUUCUCAGGAGAGGAGUCACUGUGGAGCACGUUUGUCAUACGAUACAUCGAACACUCGCUGCUCAAUUCAAAUAUGCACUCGUCUGGGGAACGAGUACGAAAUAUUCACCUCAACGUGUCGGUAUCCAACACACAAUGCACGACGAGGACGUCAUUCAGGUUGUUAAAAAAUGAAUAAUCCUUGGAUCAUCAACACAAUGAACACCAGAGGAUUCGCACGAAUAUUUGUUACAGGCAUUACGUUUUUUAUCAAUGAAAAAAUAAUAAACAUCAUAAGAAUUCA